CAUGGAGCCUGCUUCAGAUUCUGUGGCCCCUUCUCUCCUUGCCCUUCCCCUGCUCAUGCUCUGUCUCAUUCUCUCUCUCUCAAAGAUACUAAACAUUUGAAAAAAAGAUUAUAAAGGGGUGAUGUCCUUAUAAUUCUCCUGCCUCCAGGGCCCACUCUAUUGCACCAUACCCCCUCCCUUAUGAUCUACAAAAUUCGUGGGAGAAAGAAGAGAGAAUGGUAUAGAGAAAAGGUUGGAGUCAGAAUCAGGAGGGUCUGUUUCCCCUUAAAUAAAGAGUCCAGCACAUUUCUUUGGGGGAGACAUGUGAGGGCUCUGUCUGUGUCAACUUCAACAUUUGAGGAUCCAUCAUGUUUUUAACUAGAAAUUAUCCCAGGACCCGGAGGAGACCAAGAUGGCCACAGCAGGGGGUCCAAACCACACAGAAUAAUAAGCUUAAAAUGUUGGCAAGUCUUAGGAGCAAGUGAGAUGAUAUAAAAAGAAAAAAAAAAAAGGCCCUUUAGAAAUUCAUUUUCCAAAAAAAAAAAAAAAAAGAAAGAAAUUCAUCUUAUAAUUCCCUAUCACUUUACUGCUGGUGCCUUAACUCUUUCAGCUGGACAAAGUCUUGUGAACCAGAUGAGAAUGGUUCACUCACUGCCAACACUCAUUAUAAUGAAGCAUCAUGUAGACGUCUUUGGGAGAGGGGAAGGAAGGGAUGUGGUGGUGAGCCAGGGAGGGGUUUUCACUACUUUGAAGACAGGCCAUUCACCCCUGACCCCUGACCCAGGAAGUGAAGUUUCAAGGCACGUGGUCAGUUCUUGGCAUGCCAGAAUGUGCUCCACCCCCCGCAGCAGUGGGAGCUCCUGCAGAAGGUGCCCAUUCUCUUGACGGACCCCUCACUCCAAUAUGGCAUCAUGAGAGAAUCCAUUGCCCUCUGCGGAGCUCUAUACUUCUGGGCCUUGGCAGUGGCUUCCCUCCACAGCAGCAGGGCAAACGUGGGAGCUACAUACUAAAGGUCAUCCAGAGGAAGCCACAGUUCCAGAGGGCUGAGCCCUGAGUGGAUGGCUGGGAGACCUAGGACUAAUUUUAGCUUUUUAGGUGACCUGGGACCUUGUUCCAUCAAAUGGGUAAUGGGAUUGACAGCUACCUCUCUGGCUGGGUUCACAGAAUGAGUCAAGUGAAUUGAUGUGGAAACUGUAAAGCACUGUGCUCAUGGUGACAAAUGGAGAUGACCGCUGGGGUUGGAGAGCCAGAUCACCUGGAUUCAAAUUCUGGCUCAGAUGCUUACUCGUAGACUCAUCUAGCCUCUUAGGGAAAAAUAAAGAUAAUGAUUGUACCAACCACGUAGGUGGUUAGGGUGGUGAUGAUUAAGUGAGCCCACACACAUAGUGCAUUUAGAAGAGUGCUCGGCAAGUAGUGAGUGCUAAGACAUCUGGUAAUGGUGACGAUACUGGAGCAGGGUGCCUUGGGGCUUGUAAGACGAGAUAGGGUUAGGUAGAAGCUGGAAAAACUAUCAAUCAAAAGCAGUAGGCAAUUUUCUUUCAAGUGGAGAAUUCAUCUUGGAUCUGGAAACAUCCCUGACUUAGAAUUUGAAUGAUGGAGAUGUAAAGUGCAUAGGCCCCUUCUCCUGCCUUGGGUAUAUUGGGUGUUUGGCUGAACUGGUGGGAGUGGUGAGCUGGCCUCCCCCGUAUGGAGGUAGAUUGCAGAUACUUGGGUUUGCAGCUUUCUAGAAGCAUUUUUCACAGUGUUGUGACCCUCAGCCCCAGGAAGAAAUACGUUCCACAUCACAUGGACACACUCAUACUAAAAACAAAAGUUUCAUGAAAACUAUACCUACCCUACACUAGUAUUUUCGCUCUCAUUUUUGCUUUUGCUCUUGAACUCUUCAACUCUUGAAAUGUCUCUCUCUCUUUUUGAAUGUGCUUGGUUGUAACCCUGUAAAUUGAUACCAUGACCCACUGAUGGGUCUGGAUCUAGCAGUCUUAAGGAGCUGCGCCAUAAGGGAAUCCACAGGAAGGGUCUGGCCCGGCUCUAAGAGUGGCCCUUUCCCCUUCAGUCUUCCCUCAUGUGGUCCCUAAAGCUUUAGGAUAGUUGUGUCAGAAACCGCAGCCUGGUCUUGGCUGAGUCAUGGGGUGGUUUGAGAGGGGCUGCCCACACUGGUGGGCAAAUAAGUGCAGAGACCCUUCUCUAGAAGGGUUUAGAGUGGCAGUUAUAUGUGCCACAGAGGGCAGGGAGCCUUGCAUUUCAGCCUCUGCCGCAGCACACAGUAGGUACUCGGUAAAGUGAGAACAGGGGAGAGUGCACGGGACUGGAGUUAGUGCUACGCUAUGCCCUAUGACCUGGGGCCUCAGUGAUCCAACCUGCAAAAUGAAGGCCGUGGCCUCUAGGAUCUCUCAGGAGAACACGCAGGCCAUGCCACAAAGCCUGGAACUCCCUUUGUGGGGUGGAGAGACCCAGUGGGGCACAUCCUAUACGCGGCCUAUGCAAGGGUGAGGGGGCUCUGUGGGGGUGAUGCUUUCCAGCCUCGAACUCUUCAGGCCAGAUCUUGAGAUCUUGAAAGGCCUCCUCGUGGGCUCAGGUUAAUGGGAAUCUUCACAGAUGUGGUGUCACUCCAUUGAGGCUGCCUCUCCCCUGAGUACUGGAGAUCCAUGUGAGAGGAGGGCUGAGGAAGAGGCCUGUAGGAGAGUGGAAGGGAGGUCUGGUGACAAUUCCCAAGCCUCCCCCCCAGGAUGACAUCAGCUUCUAAAAUCCUUAGUCAUGACUGGGACAGGGUGGCAGCUCCAAAUUUCCUCCCUAUUUAAAAAAACCAGGCCUGAUUUUGUUCACUCACUCAACAUAUAUAUAUAUUGAACUAAUAUAUGGCAGAUACAGCAGUAGGCAUACGAUACAAAGAUGUCAAAGGCAAGGUCCCCAUCCUCCAGGAGCUUUCUGGUCUUAGUGGGGGGCACAGUCAAUAAAUAAGCAAGGUCCUAUCCAAGAAUGACAAGUGCUUUCAGGGAAUAAGAAGGGGUAAUAAUGGAACAGAAAGUGACUGGGGUGGGGAACCUAGGAAGGAGGGGCAGAGAGAGAGAGGGAGACAGAAUCCCAAGCAGGUCUCGUGCUUGGGUCAACACAGAGCCCCACGUGGGGCUCCAUCUCACGAACGUCAAGAUCAUGACCUGAGCCCAAAUCAAGAGUCAGAUGCUUAACCCACUGAGCCACCAGGCGCCCCUGUAGUUUUUACUUUUAGAGGCACAUUUGGUGAGCUUUCGGGAUCCUUCCAACUCCUGCAGCCUGUGGUUCAGGGAAGGGAACUUCUCACAGGUAUAUGAAAGGCCAGGGUAGAUAGAGAAGCCAAACUUUCUGGUCAGGUGGCAGGAUGUAGAAAGUGAGUGGGUGUACUGUGUUAGCUCAAGGCAGGGGGUGGAGGGGGGGGCACACAUAGCUCGCCCAGGGGGCUGCCUCUCCGUGGCUGUUGUAACUUCUAAAACUGAUCUCGGACAUGCCCUCCUUCAUCCCAGGGCUCACACCCUCUCAUUUCAUUUCACCUGUUGUGAAGAGGGGUGCAGGGUUAGCACCCUAGACUAGGCCCAUCUCUUGCUUUGGGGACCUAUCAAACAGUUGGUCUGAACCCCCCCCCCCCCCGGGGCAUAUUUUAUGAUCCUAGGUUUUGGUUGCCUGCAUCUCCACACCCCCAGCCCAUCUGUCUGUCCUAGGUGUGGUGGGCAGUUCUUCAUGCUGUGGGCGCUGGCUGGGGCCUGCUUGCCAACUGACCCCCUGGGAACGUGGGGUUUUAAAAGAGAGGCAGCUGCCACAGUAGGAACACCCACGUAAACACAGAGGACACAGGAGCCGUGGGUCGGGCCUGUCUUCAGUGUUUUCAGCCUGAGUGGUGAGAAUCAAGGUUCCCCAGAGAGCAGGAAAAAUCAAGAAACCUGCGCCGGAUUUCCGAUUUCCUGCGCCGCACGUGCGGUCCUGCGCCUCAGGAGUGCCCUCGCCGGCCGGUGGCCCGGCAGAUGGUCGGGGUGUCGCCGUCAGCAGAGGAGGAAGAGGGCGAGGUGGCAGCAAGGUCGCGGCCCGGCGCCGCCCCCGUCCCCAUUCCCACCCCCACCCCACCCCCACGCCCCGGGCCCCGGCCGCGGCUUCCGCAGCCUCGCCCGCAGCGCCCGGUGCCCCCGCGCGCUCCUCGCCCUGCACGCCCGGCCGGCGACCCCGCUGCUUGGAGUCGCGCCCUCGGGAGCCGCAGUGCCGAGCCUCCCAGGACCCGCGGGGAGCAGCAGCGAGAGGCGACUCCCAUGCGGCACCGGAGCGGAGGCCCGGGCCGCAGGCGCAGGUGAGGCAGCGCCAUGGGGCAGGCGGGCUGCAAGGGGCUCUCCCAGUCGCUGUUGGACUACAAGACCGAGAAAUAUGUCAUCGCCAAGAACAAGAAGGUGGGCCUGCUCUACCGGCUGCUGCAGGUCUCCAUCCUGACCUACCUGGUGGUGUGGGUGUUCCUGGUGAAGAAGGGUUACCAAGACACCGACACCUCCCUGCAGAGCAGUAUCAUCACGAAAGUCAAGGGCGUGACCUUCACCAACACCUCUGAGCUCGGAGAGCGACUUUGGGAUGUUGCGGACUACGUCAUCCCACCCCAGGGAGAGAACGUCUUCUUUGUCGUCACCAACUUGAUCGUGACCCCCAACCAGCAGCAGAAAACCUGUGCUGAGAGUGAAAGCAUUCCGGAUGCCUUGUGUUACAGAGACAGUGACUGCCCUCCCGGGGAGCCUGUUGUGGCUGGAAAUGGAGUGCGGACUGGCCGCUGCCUUCGGGUGGGGAACAUGCAAAGGGGCACCUGCGAGAUCUUCGCCUGGUGCCCAGUGGAGACAAAGUCCAGGCCAGCGAAGCCACUCCUGGGCAAGGCUGAAGACUUCACCAUUUACAUAAAGAACUUCAUCCGUUUCCCCAAAUUCAACUUCUCCAAGACCAAUGUGCUGGACACCAAAGACAAGGCUUUCCUGAAGUCCUGUCACUUUGGCCCUGAGAACCCCUACUGCCCCAUCUUCCGACUGGGGUCUGUGGUCAGCUGGACGGGGAGCAACUUCCAGGAGAUAGCCCUGCAGGGUGGUGUGAUAGGAAUUCAGAUUGAAUGGGAUUGUGAUCUUGAUAAAGCUCCUUCUGAAUGCAACCCUCGCUAUUCUUUUAGCCGUCUGGACAACAAAUUUUCAGAAAACUCAAUCUCCUCUGGGUACAACUUCAGGUUUGCCAAAUAUUACCGAGAUGGAGCUGGAGUGGAGUUCCGCACCCUCAUGAAGGCCUAUGGGAUCCGCUUUGAUGUGAUGGUGAAUGGCAAGGCAGGGAAGUUCAACAUCAUCCCCACAAUCAUCAACAUUGGCUCUGGGGUGGCGCUCAUGGGUGCUGAAACACCCCCACCCCUCCGUGCUGCGGCUGGAGUGGCCCUCUGGUGGAUGAGACGGGCGUGUGCACCAUGCGCUCUGGUCCGAAGCCCCUGUGAACAGGGGGCUUUCUUCUGUGACUUGGUACUUAUCUACUUAAUCAAGAAGAGCCACUUUUACCGAGACAAGAAGUACGAGGAAGUGAGUGGCUGCAGAGCCUCGCUACUCACUCAGAGGUGUGGCCUGUGGACCAGCAGCAUCAGCAUCACCUGGGAGCUUGUUGGAACGGCAGUCUCUGCCCCCUCCGUCGUCCUCCGAAAUCAGAACCUGUGUUUCAACAAGACUUCGGGUGAUUUGUACGAACGUUCACGUGUGAGAGCACUGGUUAAGGAGAUACUCAGCGCCUGGUUCUGAGGGAGGAGAAGGCCAGCUUUGGCAGCUGCUGCGGAUUUCAGGUCAGACUUACACACAUUCUACUUUGAGAGCAAGAGGAUUCCACCCCACCCCCACCCCCGGGAAGGUGACAUUAUGCUCAAUGCAUUUAAAGUAAAAUAUUUUGACUAGAUAAUACUUAUAUGAUUCAAAAACCAAACAAAAGGUACAAAAGAAUAGACAGUGAAAAGCCUGCCUCCCACCCCUGUUCCCCAAGGCGACGUUACUGAUGCCAAGAGGCUCUACUGUUUUGCUGAGAAUCUGCUUGGUUGCUUGUGCCCUCUCUCAGGAAAUGAACUUUUCCUGGUGGCUGCAACGUCCCAUCAAGUCUCCUCUGUCAGGAAGGGACACGAUGGAAUACAGUGAAGUACCGGGCUAGCUCCCUUCUCCCUCUCCCACCGUCUGAGGAGUCCUCGUGUAAACCCAAGGGGAGAGACCUAUAGCUCAUCACUAACUGUUGUCUGGUCUGCUCGGUAGCAAAGGCCUGUGGGGCUGCCUGUGGCUCAGCAAGCUCCAUGGUUGGUUUGCACAGCUCCCCGGAUGCUAAGGAGUGUCCUCUUUGGAAGUGCUCUCUCUGGGCCUCCCUCAGGCCAGAAGGCUUUGGUUCUCCUCUGCACACAGAGGAGGCGGGAAGCAUCCUUCCACCGACCGGGGCCUUUAGAGAGGGACAGAGGGGCUUGCAAAAGGCUUUGCCACUGGAGCAGGGCAUGGUCCCCGAAACGGGAAGCUUGCUCCUUCUGGAGCAAGUGGCUCCUUCACUCUGGACUGGUAACCUGUCAACAACCCACCUGCUCUCUGAAUAGAAAGUGAAAAAUCUGGGUGAUCUACUAUGGUGUUUCACUUCCUCACUAAAGCAAACCCUAGGAUUUCAUAUACUUUUGCAUUUGGGAGGAAGCAGAAAGGGCAGGGGUCAUGACUGCUUAGGAGUUGGUCUGGUUUCUUUUAGCCUGUUUUUGGAAUUGCUUUGCGGCAGCCCUAUAACCUGGGGGAAAUUGUACUAUUCGUUUUACACUGGAAUGAAAAUGUCUCCCUACAGUUUUCAUUCAGUUGGUAAAUAUUUAUUGAGUACCUGUUGUCAGGUGAUGGACUAAAUCUGGUAACAGUUGUGAGAAACACAGAAACUGUCCCUGCCCAAGUGCUUACAGUCUAGGAGGUGAGCCUUAAUCAGUGGUCACACAUAGAAUCACAGACUGAAUUUUCAGUGGAGUAGCCAGAGGUUACCCCCAGGACGUGACAUAUAAGCCGAAAUCUGAAAGCAGUCUAGUUGAUGGGGGAGGCAUUCCAGGUAAGGGAACCACAUGUGUAAAAUAAAUGCUUUGACAUGAGGAGUAAUUGAGGAGCUGGAUGGAGAUAGUGUGACUGAAGCCGGUUUUAUGAGGCUUUCCUUCCAUCAACUCUCUUUAAUCUUAAGGGCUGCCCCAUUAAACUUCACUGCCACAGAGGACCUAACCUAAUGGUUUCAAGUCCAGCCAAGCUUUCCAGGUGGCCUCCCCUACGUGUCAUGGGUCUUGUGCUCAGAAAAGCCAGUGACCCCAUGACAGCUUCUGGAUAGUGUUGCUCACUGCCAGUUUCCUUGCUUUUGCACAGCUUCCCACUACCCCCUCUUUCUUUGCAUAAUCUUGGUGCAUGAAUGGGAGGUUCAUAAAUCUUACAGAAACUGGCUUUGAAAUGGCAAGUGAAGUGGGAACUCGAGCUCCGUUUGGGAGAGUCCCUUUCUCUCAGGACACCAGUUGCCUCACCAGGUAGAUGAGUACGCCAGCCUCUACAGAGCUCCUGUCCGUGCUGACAUUACAGGAUCACCUGAACCGUCGCCCAUGCUUACAUUCAGGCCGUGGCCUAAAGCCAUCUACCUAGUAGUUUCCUAAUGAUUAAUUCCAUGCCUUGGGAGUGCCAUGAUGCUGGCUAAUGGGAUUUGAAAACUGGGUGCUACCAACGUGCCAUCAAGACGAGCCAUGAAAGAGCUAAGCGCCCUCUACUCCUGAUGCAGGGGUCACCAGGACUGACCAGUCAUGGCUGCCUUUUUGCCACCAUCCCAUCAGCUCUUUCUCCGUGGCUUGCUGCCCUACUGGGGGACCAGUUGUAAAGGGGGAACAUGACUUCCUCCAGGUGUCUAAGCACCCCAGCUGUGGACGACAGUGCCCUGCAGACUCCCUAAAUCACCCCACUUGGAAUGGCAUCUUGCAUGUCCGGAAAAGGGCUCCACCUGGUUGCUACCCACUCCCCUCCACCCAAAUGACACAACUUUUCUCAGAGCAUACUCUCCAGUGGACCCAAGAGCACCGUCUCCAAAAGGCACACCUUUCUCCCAGCUCUUUGUUUCCCCUUAGGCCAGUGCACACAAUUAAAAGAGGAAAGAUGGCAGCCAAUAUCUGAGACCUGCCCCAUAAAUGUAUUCUGAUAUUUUUAUUUGGUUAUAAAACAAUAAAAAGUUUUAACUGUAAA